UUUAAUGGACCGUAAAAAAAAUAUCAAAAUUUAUUGCACUAAGUGCCUCUAGACUUUUUAAAAUUUGCGGCUUCAGAAUUCAGAUUUAUAAUUAUUCGCAACGAAAUGUGAUAAAGAAAUGAAGUUAAUAAAUAAGUAGAAUAAGUGUUAAUAAAUCGGUUCUUGCCAAAUUUCUGCAUUUAAUAUGCUUAGAGCGAUUGCAAACAUUUACAUCGAAAGUCAGGCUCUGCCUAGACGAGAUGCAUUUAAAAUAUUUCGAGUCUGCAAUUACUCAACCGUACCUGUAAAUGACAAGCUUUCAAGGAAGCUGCGGAGGUAUCGAACGACCGUGCUCAGCAGUCACGGUGCCGCCGCGCCGCCCCCGCCGUCGUCGCCUCCGCCUCCGCCCGCCCCCGCGCCGCCGCCCGCGCCGCGCCGCGCCGCCUGGGCCGCGCUCGCCGCGCUCGCCGCGGGAGCGUCGCUGGGCGGAGUAUAUUACUAUCGGAAAUUAGAUAAUGAAGACACCAAGAACACUUCCGAGUCGACGCUGACAACCGACGCGUCCGCGGUCGCAGCGGACGAGGCGGACGAGGCCGAGGGCCCGCUGCCGGCGCGCGCCGACCAACUGCCGGCGCACGCGCAGUUCCUGCUGGUGGGCGGCGGCACGGCGGCCUUCGCGGCCAUGCGCGCCAUCCGCAGCGCGCGGCCCGACGCGCACGUGCUCAUCGUGGGCGCCGAGCGCGAGCUGCCCUACAUGCGCCCGCCGCUCAGCAAGGAGCUGUGGCGCGAGCCCGAGCUGGCCCAGCGCGCCGCGCGGCCCGACGCGCUCACCUUCCGCCAGUGGAACGGCCGGCGCCGCGGCCUGGCCUACGAGCCCGCCGCCUUCUACACGCCGCCCGAGCGCAUGCGCGACGCGGCGCCCGGCGCGGCGCUGGCGCGCGGCUGGCGCGUCGUGCGCCUGGACCCCGCCGCGCGCCGCGCCACGCUGCGGGCGGGCGCGCAGACGCACGAGCUCAGCUUCGGCGCCGCGCUGCUGGCCACGGGCGCGCGGCCGCGCCGCCUGGCCGCGCUGGCGCCGGCGCGCGAGGCGGGGCGCGCGCUGGCGCUGCGCGGCGUGCGCGACGCGGCGCGUCUGGCGCGCGCGCUGGCGGCGCCCGAGGUGCGCACCGUGGCGGUGCUGGGCGGCGGGCACCUGGCGGCCGAGCUGAGCGCCGCGCUGGCCGCGCGCCUGGCGGCCGAGGGCGCGGGCCGGCGCGUGCUGCAGCUGUUCCGCGAGGACGCGCCGCUGGCCGGCGUGCUGCCGCCGUACCUGGCGGAGCACGCGGCGCGGCGGCUGGCGGCGGCGGGCGUGCAGCUGCGGCCGCGCGCCGAGCUGGCGGGCGCGGCGCUGCACGGCGCGGACGUGGCGCUGCGGCUGGCGGACGGGCGCGAGGAGCGCGCGCAGCUGGUGGUGGAGUGCGUGGGCAGCGAGCCCGCGGCCGAGCUGGCGCCGGGCGCGGGCCUCGAGCUGCACGAGGCGCUGGGCGGCGUGCUGGUGAACGCCGAGCUGGCGGCGCGCUCCCACGUGUGGGCGGCGGGCGACGUGGCGUGCUUCUACGACGCGGCUUUGGGCCGGCGCCGCGUGGAGCACCACGACCACGCCGUGGUGUCGGGCCGUCUCGCGGGCGAGAACAUGGCCGGCGUGGCGCCGCCCAAGACCUACGAGCACCAGAGCAUGUUCUGGAGCGAUCUGGGCCCGCAGCUCGGCUACGAGGCCAUCGGCAUCAUCGACUCGCGGCUGCCGACGGUGGGCGUGUUCGCGGCGGACGCGGUGGCGGAGGGCGCGGCGGCGCAGGGCGUUGGGGCGGAGGGCGCGGGGGCGGAGGGCUCGGGGGCGGAGGGGGCGGAGGGCGCGGCGCCGCGGCGCUUCGAGCGCGGCGUGGUGUUCUACCUGCGGGACGAGCGCGUGGUGGGGGUGCUGCUGUGGAACCUGUUCAACCGCAUGCACGUGGCGCGGCAGGUGCUGGCGCGCGGCCAUUUCGACGACCUGUUUGAGGUGGCCAAGCUGUUCUCGCCGCAGGAGGAGGAGUAGGGAAUGAAUUGUCUGCUGUAAAUACUAUAGUAUUAUGUCUUAUAUUAAAGUUAUUAGAAGAA